CACCAUUUAGCCAAGCAUACUUUCCAAAAUCGCAGCACAUGCAUCGGCGAUACGAUUUAACAUGGAAAUUAACAUGCCUCCUAAGCAAGACACAGUCAAAAACUCCUGCUCCUUCGCACAUACCACUGCCAGUACCUCUCACCCCGUGGGGUAGAAAGUAUGGCAUCACACCAACAUGCAUCCAUUUCAACACGAUGUACAACCCCGCCUACCCCCUCAUCCAGAUUUCACACCUGUUCUACCAUGCACCACAAUACAAGUGCCGAAGAUAAUGAGCAAACGGACACUUUUAUCAGACUCCAGAAUGCUCGACUCAAAGGGUUCACGACUUUGGCGCUCAUUGAGAAUGAUCUCAUCUCGGAGCGGCGGCUCAGAGUAAGUGGUCUAACAAACCCUAUACACCUGCUACUUGCAAGAGAUAGGUGGGAAGUGCAUACGCCUGUAAGCAAUUCUCUCUUUCGAUGCCUUUGUAGCAUUGGGUUUGCUUGGGCUGGUGCAGAAUGGCGGAGAAACGAUGGGAAUUUGAGAGAGCUAUCACUGAUUGGAAAGGACAGGGGAUGCUGAUAUAUCGUUUAAUAGAUGGCAAUGGUCUAGAUAGAGGCAUCUGGGAUCCUAGGUAUAACGAAUUGGCUUAGCAAAUUCUGCUACCUUCAUCGAGGCUCGCUUCGAUGAUACUGGCUCACUUGCAUACGCAUCCGUGGGUAAGUGAUUUCCCUAAGUUCAACUAUUGCUGGAAGAUGACGGAACCUCCUUAUUCGGAGGCAAUACCAAAUUGUCCGCAAUUCCAACGAAAGCUGGUAAUAUGGGCCGCCUGAGGUGUAAGAUACACAGAGGAAGCUACUGCCUUGUGUAGAAGUUGAAGGAACCCCAGCUGACUGUAUCCCUCACAUGAACAGCUCGACACACUCCUCCUUGGAAACGAAGAACAAUUGGAUCCCAACCGCUUCCCGCCCCCAUCACUAAG